GCAGUUAAUUUUUUUGAAUUUAUUUGAAGUCGAAUGAACGGAAAAGUUCUCUUGUAGAAGAUUUAUUUAUUCAGAUAAACCUGGGUAAUAUUAUCGAAUAAACAGAUUUAAAAAUGGAAGAAACUCUCAAGCUUAUAAGUAGUGGAUUUGAUGCGUGCCAAAAAGCAAUCAAUGACCAGGAAAAAGAUUUUGAUACAGUGGAAGCUAGAUUAAGAUCAUAUAUAUCAAAAGCAAAGCAAGUUUUAAUUGCAAAACAUGCUUUGAAACCAAAAAAGAUACAAAAAAUUGUGCCCGAAUCCUUACUGGAAGUUAGUGAGGAUAAUCGAGAGGAAAAUGGCGAUUUAAAUGAGCCUCGUCCUUCAUUGCAUUCAUCUUCUGAAAAUCUAAGACCACUUCGAACAGCGAAGGCAAAAGCAAACCAAAAUUUAAAAGAAAUUCCUUUAAAUGCCAAGAUGCGAAACGAAGCAGACUCAGUCGUGAUCAAAACUGAACGUACGGAUAGUGAUAGAGAAUCAAGAAGUUCCCUGAAAGAAAAUAAAGCGCCAUCGAGUAAGCCACGCGUAUCUCGUGAUGAAGGCAUUCAAUCAUCAACUGAAACGCUCUCGACUUUAAGUAGAAGUAAUUCAGUUGAAAUUGUCGCUCAAAAGUUUGAAUUAAUUGACAUCACUGUCGACAAUGAUCUUGACAAAAUGCCGCCACCACCAAUUCCAGCUAAAAAAGGAGGUAAAAAAACGCGCACUAAGAAGCAACCAAAUCAACAUCAACAAAAUUUAGUUGAAGAUCAAUCAGAAGAUUCUCAACCACAGUUGAGAAUUACGCGGUCGAAAAUCAAAAAAGAAAAGAUGUCAACUGACAGUGUCAUAUCACAACCUUCUACAUCUCAACAAAUUGAAAAUGAAAAACCAUCAGAGGUUGUUAAUGAUGAAGCUUCAGGAAAAACAGCGUCGACUGCCGAUGUUCCAGCUCCAGUUAAAAAGAAAGAAAAAAAAAAAUAUCCUUUACCGAUUCUUAUUAAAAUGGAAGUAGAUAGCCCAAUCAAGAAAAGUAAUGAAGUCAAAGAAGUUCAAAAUUCUGUUGAACCUGUGAAGGAAGCAAUAAAUAUUCCUGAAAAUCUUUCUGAGCCUUCAUGUAACGAAACAUUUAAUGUCGUUACGGAACCAAAAACUGCUGCAACUCCAGUUAUGAAUGAAACGAUAACAAUUGCAACAGCUACCAGCGGUUCUGCUUUUGUUGACAAUAAAAAUCCUCAUGAUAGUCUCAUGACAGAAGAUAAUGAUGACGAAGAGAAUACAUCAAUGGAUAUUCCUCUCUCAAGUCUUAAAUCUAAAACUUCACCUUUGCCAGCUUUGAAAUUAAAGAAAAAUGAAGUGUUCAAUCCAUACAUGUCAAGUCCCGUAAAGCAAAAAGUCCAAGCUUUCGAAAAGCAUGCUGUUCAAAGUGCAACACCAGAGAAGUUCAAGACACUACCAGGAAAAUAUAAGUCAGGCACACCAUCAAAAGUUCCAAUUUUCUCAUCAAAGACGACGCCUUUCACUCUCCCGAAAUCAAAGAAAAUUGUCACAACUCCUUCUGGAACAUUUUUGCCUGUUGCAUCCACUUCGGGACUUAAACAGCCGAAACAGCAAAUGAAAAAGAUGAAUUCACAAGAGUCACUUGAAGACAAGAAAGCUCAACAAAUUCAAGCUAAUAAUCAGCUUCUGGAAGAGAAAAGAAAAGCACGUGAAGAGAAACAACGACAGGCACAAUUGCAACGAGAAGCAUUGGAACGUGAAAAACGUGAACAAGCAUUGCGACAACAGCAAGAACGUGAAGAGAAAUAUCGUCGCAUUAUGCAAGAAAAAGAGGAAAAAUUAAGAAUGGAAGCAUUGAAGAAGAAACUUCAAAAAGAGAGACAAGCUCAGAAGUUGGCUGAAGAACGAUCAAAGAAAGAAGCUGUUGCUGAAGUCGUCAACAAAGACGACAGCUUACAUCUUAAGCUACAAAAGCAAAUUCUUAUGGAAAAGAGUGAAGAGAUGAGAAAGGCAGAAGCAAAGAAAAAUUAUUGUUUCGAUAUGUUGGACACUGACGAUUCAACUGAUGAUGAGUCUCACAAACCAAGCAAACGUCCACCGCCACCAUCCUGGAGUAGAAAAUCUGCACGACAACCAACGAUCGUCUCCCAGUCUUAUAUCAGCCCAAACAUUCUUGACACGCUCUUCUCUGUCAAGCCAAUAUCGCCAGAUCUUCGUGAAAUUUUUCCCAGCAUCAAUCCUAUGAAGCUUGCUCGUAACUCGAGUGCUGUUUGGAGAACGCCACCAAAAAAGUAUUAGAAGAUUCUCCAUCA